AUGACACUAUUGCACAUCACAAGGCUUGUUUGGUUACUCAUGACUUCACUUAAGAGUAUGGCAUCAACUACACUGAGAUGUUCUCUUCUGUCAUUCGAUUCGCUUUCAUUUGAGUGUUCCUCUUUCUUGUCAUAA